AUGCAUUUUGGAGACAAAUUAGCCCAAAACGGUGUCUGCAGAUCAGUCAACUUCACCGAUUGGACUGUACUUGCUCAAGAAGAACCAGAUAGUGAGCCAUACAUCAUUGGAAAGAUACGGAAGUCUAGUUUCAGGAGCAUUUUACGGUUCAUGAUUCCGAGUCUUUUAGAGGAAGUUAUGCAAGUUUUGGCAGCUUAA